AUGGAUAGGAAAGCCUUUUUGGAUCAAGAAGCUCCCGCUGGGUAUGUUGCCGGAAUAGGGAGAGGUGCUACUGGAUUUACAACUUCUGCGGAUGUUGGGAGUGCAUCUAGGAUAGUGCCUGACAAUGACUACGAAGAUGAUGAUGAUGAUGAUGGCCCUAAAAACGAAGAAGAAAUUGAUGAGAGAGGUUUGCUAGUUCGAGGCGGUGUUGAUAAUGAUGACGAUGAAGCAGACAAAAUAUACGAUGAAGUUGAGAGGAGGCUAUCGCACAAGAGCAAGAAAGACAAGGAAAACUCCGAUGCCCAACCUUCUGUUACCAGUGCCUUCGCAGACUUAAAGCGUGCAUUGUCAUCCGUAAGUGAAGACCAAUGGGCGAACUUACCGGAAGUUGGAGAUUUAACUAAGAGGAAUAAACGAUUGAGGCUACUAGAAAAGCUGCAGCAGAGAUUCUAUGCGGUUCCAGAUACCUUGUUGGUAGGAGGAAGUAACGGUGGUGCAGGCGAAUCCACAGACUUCAACUCCAUAUCCAAAACAAAGGAUAAAUUGUUAAGUAAACAGCUAGAUAGUGUCGUAGGGAACACAGGGGAAGGACUUACUAAUCAAAUUGAUGAAAAUGACUUUAUAAUUGAUCAAACGACCGAUAAUAAAAUUGAUGAUAUACGAAAAGGUAGACUCAUAUUCAGCUCAUUACGUAAGACUGAACCCUUAAAUCCAAAUUCUUGGAUAGCUUCAGCAAAGCUUGAAGAACAAGAUAGAAAAUUCAGUACUGCCAAGUCUCUUAUCGAAAACGGCUGUCAAAAGAUUCCCAGGAGUGUCAGCCUAUGGUUGGAAAAUAUCAGAUUGCACCAUUCUGACGGAACAAAGCAUUGCAAAUUGAUUUGUGGACAGGCAUUAAAAUUCAAUCCAAAGUCUGAACAGCUUUGGCUUAAAGCCGUUGAUCUAGAACAUCCAAGUGACUUUUUGUCUCAAAGAAGAAUAUUAAUGAAGGCGUUGGAGAGCGUUCCCGAUAGUGUCGGCAUAUGGAAGAAAUUGAUCGAGUUAGAAGGAGAAGAGUCUAAAGAGGAAGAUAUAAAGAAGUUGCUAAGUAAAGCAGUGGAAUUUUGUCCUAAAGAGUGGGAUUUUUGGUUGUCGUUAAUAAAUCUUUCUGAAUAUUCAGAAGCAAAAUCCAUAAUUAAUAGAGCCAGGAAGAUUAUGAAUGAUAAUUAUAAAAUUUGGAUCACAGCUGCUAAGUUGGAAGAAAGAGAAAAUGAAGAUAUUUCAGAAGCUAAGUUGAGUAGACUUAUGUCCAAGGGAGUAGAUGAACUAAAAAAGCAUACUGUUGAUAAACUGAAGCUAUUAUCGAAAGAAGACUGGUUGCACGAAGCAACUAUCGCGGAAGGUGAAGGUUUUUUAUUGACGUGUAAAGCCAUAGUCAAAAUUGCUUUACAAACAGAAGAGGAAGAUGAAUUUAAUAUUGAUCCUUCAUCUUCAAGAGUAGAUGACUGGUUGAGUUUAGCAGAUGGCUUUUCCAAAUUCACCGAGACAUCUAACAAUAUAUUCCAAAUUAUUAUUUCCAAAUAUCCAACUAAAAUUGACGUAUGGUUGAAAUUAUUAGAUUCUUUCAAGAAAACUAAGAAUGAGAAACCUGAUCCUAGGUUAUUUGAGUACUAUGAACAAAUGGUAAAGAUCAAUGAAGAUGAAAUAUUUUAUCUAAUGUACGCAAAGGAUUUGUGGAAAUUGAAUACCGACAUCGAUAAAGCAAAAGAAGUUUUGGAAAGAGCUGGCACAUUGUUUCCUUUCAGCGAAAGUGUGUGGUUUGCGAGAAUAAAAUUUGCAAAAUAUACGUCUGGCACCUCAUGGGUUGAAGAGUCGUUAGCAGUAUCUACGAAGAUGUUUCAAAGAAUCUCGGAUAACUCCUCGGCUGCUUGGUAUAAGCAUAUUCAUUUAUUGAGGUGUUCAUACCUGAAAAACGGUAAACCUGUUGAUGAAUAUCUCACAACCUUGUGCGAUGAAGCGUUGGAUAAAUUUCCAGAUUGUGGAAAGCUCUAUCUACAGAAGAGUCAGAUUCUUCAAGAUGUAGAUACGCUUGCAGUUGGAGUGCGUAGGUGUGCUCAAUUCAUACCAUUAUGGAUCAACUAUGCUCACGCUGUUAAGUCGAAUCCUGUCCGAGCAAGGGCAAUACUUGAUAACUCUAUCACUCAGAAUCCUUCGUCUCCCUUACUCUGGGUUGAGAGAAUUAGGUUCGAAAAGCAAUUGAACAACUUUGAUAGUGCAAGGCAAUUGUGCACUAAGGCACUUCAAAAGUUUCCAAGUGAUGCCAAUCUUUGGAUUGAAAACCUCCAUUUAAUAUCAAAAAUAUCCCAACGGAAAAAUGCAUUUAUGGAUUCGCUUAAGAAAACUAAUAACUCUUCAAUAAUUUUGAUGAAUAUUGGCUUAUUCUUUUGGAUUGAUGGUAAAUUCACAAAGGUUAAAGCAUGGUUUGAGAGAGCAUUAAAUAGUGAUGAAGGAAAACUUAACGGUGAUUGCUGGGGGUGGAUGUUCAAAUAUUUCGGGCUAUAUGGAACCGAAGACGAAAUGAAUGAAUUCUUACAGAAGUUUAGUGAUGUUUAUGAUGAAAUUAAUGCUGGGGAAACUUGGACAAAGUUGCUGAAAUCAAUCAAUAGGGACCGCUUCGAUCGGCCGGUUGAAUUUCUAGGCGAAGUGUCGAAUCUGCUCGUGAGCAAUACACCAAUGUUAGAACUCAAACGAUAG